CCAGUUUCGCUUGCAACGUGUUGAGUGAAACAUAGUCGAGUGCUAACGGAGGAAUAAGCUCGAUUUGGUCGCGUGUUGGCCUCGAGAAUAGGUCAGGAGGAGAGCAAGUGCCACGGCCACGCCCACAAGAUGACAACCACGCAGCAGGAGGGAACGAGGGAAGCGGAGGAGGAGCAGAAGCCAUCAAUGUCGCAGGCAGCGGCUAAUAAUAAUCAUAAUUCGCAGCGGUUUCUAGAUGGGAUCGUAAAUCACAGGGAUGCUGAGUCAGCCGUGUUUUGUUGGUCAAAGGCGACGCCGGAAGUGCUCGGAAUGGCAGGCAUUCCCAUGAAUCCCAUGAAUCACGCACAAGGAAACGGGAGCAUGGGCAUAUGCCAGCCACAUUUUCAAGCAAGGCAGUCAGGAAAGUUUCCUAUUUAUCUAAACUUAAAGCUAAACCGGGGAUUUCCCUUGUAUCAAUGGGAUGUAUACAAUAGUUAUCAAUUGAAACCAGCAAACCUAACAAAUUCAAGUGAAACUGAGAUAUUUAGCCCAUACCAAGCAUACGCACCGUCCACAGCAAGUUUCCCCAUGCAACAAGUAUACGCACCGUGGCACCUAAACUUUCCCCAACUAAUGCAAUUGCCCCGCAAAACUUCCGACGGCGCCUUCCCAGAAAUCAGCACCACCAUGACCCGACGAUGCGGACAGGUGGCCACCAGCUCACCCGCAGAGCAGGCGCCCCAGGAAUUUCCCAUAAUUAAAAAACGAUUUGUUAGCUUUCCCAAUUAUCGAGCAAUGCCUCAGGAUGGGCCACAUCGACAUCCACAUCCAAAUCCACCCACCGCCGCCACAACAACAACGAUGACGCAGCCGGGCCUCGGCAAAGUCACCAAAAUAGAUGAGAUCAGCGGUGGAGAAGAUGGAGGAGCAGGCACUCGUGUACAUAAGGUGCCGCCGAUGUUUGAUAAUGAACUCGAGGCCGAGGAGCAAACGACGGUGGCGGAGGAGGCAUUAAACUUGAACGUGGCAAGGGAAAUCGAGCAUCAACAGGCGGAAAAUCUUAAUGACGCCUUCGGAGAGAGGCGACACGACCACAGCCACAAAAACGACGACGCCAUUACCAUUACCAUGGGGGAGGCCAAAAAUAAACGCGAAAUAUGCGAGCAAAGCAAAUUAGAGAAGGCCGAAGAUCAUAAUGAGCCAAAUAUGAGAGAUUUCGGCGAGCAGCAGUCAAUAUGUUUGGCCAGGGAGCAGACAAUAGAUGGGCAUCAGAUCGGGAAUGGGAAUCGCAAUAGCAACCACCAGCAGUCUGGCGAUCUCUCAGACGUCCGCCAAUCGUCGCCAGAGCAACUAGACGGGAAUCUCGGUCGGCAGCUGACCCGCGAGCGCAAUCCGAAUCCAAAUCCGAGUCCGUGUCCGAAUCGAACCCUGCCAAAUAUAGAAUUACUAAAGAGUUCCGUGCGCGUUUUCCUAGCCGAGAGGAACUGGGAUUGGGACUGGGAGCUGCUCGACCUUUUGACCGACGCCAUCGAACUGAUCUGUGGACAGCCAAAGGAGCAACAGGAGCAGCUACAGGAGACGGGGAACCUUUGGAGCGAGUCACCGGUCGCCGGAGCGGACAUGACCGUCAGCAAAGUCAGCGAGGAGCGGGAGACAGAAACGACCGUCGACGUUUAUCCCGCCGAGCAACUCGAUCACCAGCCGGCGGAGCAGGCGGAUGAAAACAACAAUUCUAGCAUAAUAGAAGCUACAUUACCCAGCGAGAUGAAGUACGAGCUGAAGACAGCCAGUCCAGCACUGCCCAGUCGGAGGAGUCCGCAAAGAGAGUCACCAGUUAGUAGGUUGACUACCACCAGUCGUAUACGCAAUGUAGAGCCAAGUGCUCCACCCGCCACUCAUGCUCCUCUGCUGGGAGACCUAAAACGCACCUCCAUCAGUCGCGACAGCAUCUCCUCCAUCGAUGCGGACUCAGUGCUCCCGGAGAGAACACGUCUGCGACGCCAGCGACGCGUUCGCUCGCAGGAUUCCGUGGAGGAGAAGCCAGAGGAUGUGAUCGAGCGGCUGAACAAGCUCAAGGCAAGGAUAUCAGGGGCUCUCAGCGAGGUCAAGGGAGUCCUCAAGCAGUACAGCACGGAGAGCGAGGCAGAAGCGGCAGGAGAGCAGUCCCAGGUGAAACCAGGUGGAGACGAUGAAGCUGCUCCCGUCUCCUUUCGCUUUGUGAAGAAAGUGCGACGACGCAGCUACUUCGAUGAGGCCGAGGAGGAAAAGGAGCAGGCUGGAGAGGCUGCCAUAAAGGCUAAGGAAAAUCUGGAAACUAAAGUGGAAACCACUGAAAAAGAAAUCGGAGAAAAGGAUUCAUUGAAAACUGCAAAAGAUUCAAAGAUCCAAAGAGAGCAGACACCCUUUGCCAGAGACCUAUCAGAAGUUCCUGAAAAACAGGUGGAUCACCCUAGUAAAUCUAAGGAACUCAGUGGAAAUCAGGAAGCAAAAGAGACAACUGAGGUUACAAGUCAUGACAUAGAAGUUAUUAAAAAUAAAGAAGAAAAUGAUCUUGAAAAUCAAGAUGACAAGUCGUCUAAAUAUCAGGACAAUCUGGAUGGUAAUGCCAAGGAAAUUAAAGAACAUGCUGACAAAUCCGAUAUUAAGGAGUCCGUAGAUCCUAAAUUCGUAGAGGUAAAGCAGGAACCACCUAAAAUGAAUGGAGAAUUACCGAAGACAGCAGAUCAAAUCAAACAACCUGAGAAGAGCAAGACGCAGGCCAAAAUUGAGUUCCUGGCCAAGGUGCAGAGUGAACUCAAGUCAAAAUCUGUCAAGGAAGCAGCUCCCAAGGAAGAAACUUUGAAAGAGGACUCUUCUACUAAGGAUGCAACACAUAAAGAAGCAACUUCCAAAGAUGCAGUAACCAAGGAUUUGUCUCCGAAUGAGGCAGCACCCAAGGAAGUAUCAACAAAAGAUAUAAAUCACAAGGAAGCGUCUCCCAAAAAAGGAGCCCACAAAGAAAAAGCACCCAUGGAAUCAGCUUCCAAGGAAGCAGCAUCCAAGGAACUAAUCCCCAAAGAACCUACAGAAGAAUCAACAAACAAAGAUGUUUCACAGAUCAAAUCAUCAGAAUCCCAGAAUACAUCAGAAGUGGCCCUGCCGGAUGACUCACCCGCAUCGCAACCACCGACCAAGAUCAAGAAGAAAGUCAUCGUGAAGGUGAAGAACCCCAGGCGCGCCUCGAUCGCCGCCGUGGAACCAUCCAAGAUCAAGGUGGAGCCGGCCGUCGAGCAGAGCGAUGCUCUCAUCACUCAGCGGCGACCCUCCGAUUCCGAAGCGAUUGUCAAGCGCAAGAAGAAGCUGAAAUUGAUGGGCGACACGGCUGCCGCAGCAGCAGCCACAUCUCUAUCCACAUCCCCCAGAGCCACCUCAUCAGCGGCAACAAAAGAUUGCAUUGCCGAGGAGACGGCGGUGGCUACGCCAGAGGUCACCGCGGUGCCAGCCAAGUUGCCCAGUGCCAAGAGCGACCAAGGAGAAGCUACAGCAGUAGAGGCGACAAAUGCAACACUUCCAAUCGAUGGUGAUCCGCUCGAGACUGGCAAUCUAACGCCAGCAGGCGAUCGCAACAGACGCGCCAGCCUGAAACUAGCGGAGUUGGUGGGUGAGACGGUCCUGGUGGUGCCGGCAGCCAGCGCAGCAGGAGGCCUCAAAGAUCCAGAGUCCAAGUCCGAGUCCAAAGAACCCAUCGAUCAGGAGGAGAGGCAGGUGCAACAGGUGGCCAUCGCCGCUGACAUUGCGCCGCAAAUAGCAGCGACAUUGAGGCACGAAGAGUCGUCGGCAGAGCCAUCGGAGCAGGCAGCUACAAAAGCCGGAGAACAGGCGCCUCCCGGCGACAGUCUAGCCACCAUGCCGGAGCUGAAAGUACUCGCCGGUCCGGUGCAGCCCGUCAAGAUCGAGACGGUGGAGCAGCCCCACGAUGAGGGCAAGAACCAGGAGCCCCUUGUGAAGAAGAAGGCUGCGAAUCUAAAGAAACUGGUGCGCAAGAAUUCCCUGGACAAGGAGCCGGUGAAGCCGGAGAAGCAGGAACAGAAGCAGCUGAGCAACAUACUCCGGGACAGGAACAAGAUCAAUGAGCUGUCCUCCAGGAUCAACAAGCUCACGCCGCCCAAGAAGCAGGCGAAACCAAAAGAGGAGCAGAAGGCACCAGUGGUGGUUGCUGAGGAGAAUAAACCCAAGCCUGAAGAAACAGCUCCUCUAGAGGAAUCCCCUACCCAAAAUGAGGAAGACAUUGCACCCGAGCCAGAUGUGGAGCCUGCGCCGGUGCCCAAGAAACCCAGAAAGGUCAAGAAGAAGGUGAUCAUUAAGCGGCAGAAGCGGCGUCUCUCCGUGGGAGACACUUUCUUCCUGCAGCCGGAGCCCGAGGAGCCGGCCAUCCCCGAGGUGGAGACCAUCGAGCGGGCCAUAGCCUAUGUGACGGAUGACGAGGAGGACACCAAGGCGGCGGCACCCAAGGAGGAGGACGAGCCAGUGCCGGUUAAGCCCCUUAAAUCCUGCCUGCACGUAAGGGAAUACAAGAUCGGUGACCUAGUGCUAUAUGCGGAAAGGUAUCGCAAGACUCAGGUGCGCUGGAAACGCGGAAGAGUGCUGGAGAGGAUCACCAGCAUUUCUUACAAGCUGGAAAUCGAGGGCAAGGAAGUUCCCGCCCAUGUCAGCUACAUCAAGAAGUACACCGGGCGAAAAGUACGUUUCGGGAACAAGGAGUACCUGGAGAUCGACUACGAACAGGUGGCCGAGGAGGAGCGCCGGGCGGCCAGCUACAGCAUAUGGAACAUGGUGUAGAUAUAGCUCCCUUAAUGGUUACCAUCCACAUCCCACCCCGAGUGGUGUCCAGUGUCCAGCCAUCUUUGAGUGGAAUUAAAAAAUUGUUCGCUAUGCGAGGUAAUUUUUUAAGGAUCUCAACUCGACAUUCAGUUAUGUUAUAGUGAUUCGUCCUAGUCCUAGUAGUAGAUCUUAGUGUUACAUCCUAGUGUUUAGUGUAACUUAUUCCAGGCCUUUCGUUUACAUCUUAAGUACUCUGUAUGUGUAAAUAUAAACAAGCUAUUUAAUGUUAAAUAAAGCGGAAAAUAUUUCAGUUA